AUGUGGGUCGCUCACUUUGCUCCUAGUCUCGUGCUGUCAAGGCUUGCACCGAAGACGCCCCUGUCGCUUCUUGCCUUCGCGGGGGCACUUCCAGAUUUCUUAUUCUUUGUCUUCACCAUCUUAGGCAUUGAAACAGCCAAGUUCAGCGACAAGCUUGAUGACCCACUUUACAAGAGCCCAACUGGUGGUCCCGGCUCCCACUGCUUCCCAUAUGACUGUGAUAACCCCUACACUCACAGUUUUACCGGACAAGCCACAAUCGGGGUCCUCUUCGCAGCCGCCACCACAAUUCUUUAUCGUCUCCCAAUCACAUCAUUCAUCACCCUUUUCGUCGCAACACUCACCCAUUAUCCGCUCGACCUUAUGGUCCACCGCCAUGAUGUCGCAUUCACCACCUCCGAGCCCGUGCAUCAACGCCACGGUUUCCCCCUCUUCGACUAUCCCAUCAUCCUCUUUCUCGUCGAUGUGGCCCUCUUCAUCGGCCCUCUUUGGUUCCACCUCAGAACUGCCAACCCGGGCACCGAUAAGACCCAGAGGAAAACCGCUGUGAAGGCUUAUGGCGCCGCUGCGUUGGCUGCGAUCCUCGUGGAGGCUAAUUUUGCCUUCAUGGGCGCGCCAACACAUCAAGUCAGGUUGAUACACGCCCCUAUCUUCGCUGCGGAAAUCGUAGGUAUCUCUUGGGCCAUGGGAAAGAUGGAGGGGUAUACGGAUGUGGCGGGGAAGAAGCAGUUGACGCCCCAAGAGGCCAAAAACGCAAUGAAGAAGGUUACGUGAGUAGUGUGGCCCAGGGGGAAAUAAUGAGGGUAUGAGCUAUACGGGCUAGCUUUUUGCGCCACCGACUCUGGAUGAGUGCGAAUUUCGUGAAGUUCCGUGCAAUGUAUUGUAUCUCGAGGCCCCGGCUAUGUAUCUCUUGUCCAAGUUACCUUGACCUCCUUGCUGUAUUAUCUUGUCAUAUCUUCACCAAACCCUUCCAA